UCACACACCCUCUUCUUUAACAAAUUGGUCUCUCCUUUUCUUCAUAGCUCCGUCGUAUAUUCCGCCGCCAUGCCUGCCGGAGGUUUCGCCACCGCACCCGGCGGCGUCGAGUUCGAGGCCAAGAUCACUCCCAUCGUCAUCAUUUCUUGCAUGAUGGCCGCCACUGGAGGCCUCAUGUUUGGUUACGACGUAGGCGUUUCUGGUGGAGUAACGUCGAUGCCGUCGUUUUUGGCAAAAUUCUUCCCGUCGGUUCACCGGAGGAUCCAAGAGGGAGACGAUAGUAAUUACUGCAAAUAUGAUAACCAAGGCCUCCAAUUGUUCACGUCAUCGUUGUAUCUCGCCGGAUUAACUGCCACCUUCUUCGCCUCCUACACCACCCGGCGGCUCGGCCGCCGCCCGACCAUGCUGAUCGCCGGUAUCUUCUUCAUCAUCGGAACUGUUCUCAACGCUGCCGCUCAAGACCUCGCCAUGCUCAUCAUCGGCAGGAUCUUGCUCGGUUGUGGUGUCGGUUUCGCCAACCAGGCAGUGCCACUGUUUCUAUCGGAAAUUGCACCGACGAGAAUACGUGGAGGGCUGAAUAUAUUGUUCCAACUCAACGUCACCAUUGGCAUCCUUUUCGCCAGUCUCAUCAACUACGGCACUGCCAAAAUCAAGGACGGCUGGGGAUGGAGACUGUCACUGGGCCUCGCCGGAGUUCCCGCCGGUCUACUCACGAUCGGAGCUCUCCUGGUGGUGGAAACCCCGAACAGCCUCAUCGAACGGGGUCGUUUCGAGGAAGGAAAAGCCACUCUGAGAAAAAUCAGAGGAACCGAAAACAUCGAACCGGAGUUUCAAGAACUGGUCCAAGCGAGCCGGGCUGCGGAACAAGUGAAGCACCCGUUCCGAAACCUACUGAAGCGCCGCAACCGCCCCCAGCUCAUCAUCGCCGUCGCCCUCCAGAUCUUCCAACAACUCACCGGAAUCAACGCCAUCAUGUUCUACGCGCCGGUCCUCUUCAACACGCUCGGCUUCAAGUCCGACGCCGCCCUCUACUCCGCCGUCAUCACCGGCGCCGUCAACGUCCUCUCCACCGUCGUCUCCAUCUACUCCGUCGACAAGCUCGGCCGCCGCAUCCUCCUCCUCGAGGCCGGCGUCCAGAUGUUCUUAUCUCAAAUCGUGAUCGCCGUGAUUUUGGGGAUCAAGGUGAAGGACGACGUCAACAAUCUCCACAACGUGCUCGCGAUUGUCGUGGUGGUGAUGAUCUGUACGUUCGUGUCGUCGUUCGCGUGGUCGUGGGGCCCGCUCGGAUGGCUGAUUCCGAGCGAGACAUUUCCGUUGGAGACGCGAUCGGCGGGGCAGAGCGUGACGGUGUGCGUGAAUCUGGUGUUCACGUUCGUGAUCGCGCAGGCGUUUCUGUCGAUGCUCUGCCAUUUCAAGUUCGGGAUCUUUUUGUUCUUCUCCGGGUGGGUGCUUGUGAUGUCUGUGUUUGUUCUGUUUCUGCUGCCGGAGACGAAGAACAUUCCGAUCGAGGAGAUGACGGAGCGCGUGUGGAAGCGCCACUGGCUGUGGAGGAGAUUCAUGGACGGCGACGGCGCCGAGGAGACUGUGAAGCCGGCCCGGAUUAAUGGAGUGGGGCCGGAGAAAAAUGGGCGGAGUAAUGGAUUUGAGUAUGUUUCGUCGCAAUUGUAGAUUUUCAGGAGUAGAGAAAUUGGGCGUAAUUCGUUUUUCCUUCGUCGGAGGAAAAUUAUGAAUUGUUAUUUAUGAUUGUUGUAAUUAUUAUUAUUAUUAUGUUUCUCCGUUUGUUAUAUUUUUGCUGUGCUUUAGGGCUCUGGGGAAACAGAAACAGAGCACACCAGAGGAUUAAUGGUGUUUAACAUUUCAAUUUUUAUAUUAGUUCAAACUAUUUUUUACUUCAAUCA